AUGGCCCUGGACAUGGAGAGGACAGUCUCUAAGCUCAUGUUUGAUUUCCAGAGGAAUUCUACGUCAGACGACGACUCCGGCUGCGCCCUGGAGGAAUACGCCUGGGUCCCCCCUGGCCUGAAACCUGAACAGGUUCAUCAGUACUACAGUUUUCUACCAGAGGACAAAGUCCCAUAUGUAAACAGUAUUGGGGAGAAGCAUCGUCUCAAACAGCUCCUGCAUCAGCUCCCACCACAUGACAAUGAGGUGCGGUACUGUAACACUCUGGAUGAAGAGGAGAAGAGAGAGCUGAAGAUCUUCAGUAACCAGCGUAAGAGAGACAAUCUGGGCAGAGGCACCGUCCGCCCUCUGCCUCUCACUGUUACUGGAGCCAUCUGUGAACAGUGCGGCGGGCAGAUAAACGGAGGUGACAUUGCUGUGUUUGCGACUCGAGUCGGCCACGGCUUGUGCUGGCAUCCUCACUGUUUCGUCUGCUGUGUGUGUGCGGAGCUGCUGGUGGAUCUCAUCUACUUCCACCAGGACGGCAAGAUUUACUGUGGCCGUCACCAUGCAGAGUGCCUCAAACCCCGCUGUUCCGCCUGUGAUGAGAUUAUCUUUGCUGAUGAGUGCACGGAGGCGGAGGGCAGGCACUGGCAUAUGAAGCAUUUCUGCUGUUACGAGUGUGAGGCUCCACUUGGAGGCCAACGCUACAUCAUGAGGGAGGGAAGACCUCACUGCUGCAACUGCUUUGAGUCUCUGUAUGCUGAAUACUGCGAUGCCUGUGGACAACACAUAGGUAUAGACCAGGGUCAGAUGGCAUAUGAAGGUCAGCACUGGCAUGCUACAGAGGAGUGCUUCUGCUGUGCCCGCUGUCGCCAGUCUCUGCUGGGUCGCCCUUUCCUGCCCAAACAGGGUCAGAUCUACUGUUCCCGCAACUGCAGCCAGGGCGAGGAGCCCGAUCUCUCCGAUUCCUCUGACUCGGCUUUCCAGAGCGCUCGCUCCCGCCAAUCGCGUCGCAGCACCCACAUCGGAAAAGGGAAAGGUGAAGGGCGGCAGGCGUCGACCACAGCCCCCCCGUCCCAGGACCGGCUCUCAGCUGACAUGGAGCCACUUGCAGUUCAGAUGGACCUGCUGACCGUGUCCAGCCCGACUCCGAACCGCACCCCAAGCCGCACGCCCAACCGCACCCCGAGCAGGACCCCCAGCAGAACUCCGAGCCGCACCCCAAGCCUGAACCGCGAGCAGGCAGUGUGGAUGAGCCGCGAUGAGUCGUACCCUUACGACCCCACCCAGAGAGAGGCCUCCCCUUCCCAAACUCCCAUGCAGCUCCUGGGUCAGUGCAACAUGCGUGGACCUUACCCUCCUUCCCCAAGCCAGCCUCCCAAAGCAGGAGGGGCGAACCCAGAGCCCUGGCCCAAAGAGCAGCCCGGGGCAGGGAACCCAAAGAAACCUGUGAUGGCGGCCCUGAGGGGCCACUCAUUCAACGAGAACUGGAUGCACCAUGGGCAGGACCCGGAGUUCCGCACACCCAAGCUUAAGACACAGAUGAGCUUCAAUGAGACGUCCAGCCGCGGCGGUCCAGGAGGGUUCUCUGACAAACGCAGCGUGAGCAUGAUGGGAUUCCCACGGGAGGUGCGGCCACCACUCAUUCGGAGCAGACAUCCGAUUGGAGGGCCGGGAUUUGGAGAGCUCACACCCCUGGAGCAGACCCCCCGAGGGUCUGCUGAUUCCCUAGCCCUGUCCUAUGCCACAGGAAAUUCACUGGACGGGACAACGAGGCGCCAGGAGCACCUGUCCCGUUUCUCCAUGCCCGACCUGAGCAAGGACUCCGGCGUUAACGUCUCAGAAAAGAGCACUAUGGGUACGCUCAACUCCUCCAUGCAGUUCCGGAGCACGGAGUCUCUGAGCUCUGUACCACGACCCCUGGCUGAGCUGGGUUUGCCCGUGAGGCUGCGGUACCCUCCCCAGCUGUACUGGGAUUCCCCUCGAGGCUUGAGUUUUGAGGAACAGGUGAAAGGUCGUUUGGGCGUGGGCUUGGCGGGAAGCAUGGGAAACGUCCACGUAACGCCUCGACACAGACGAGCAAACGGCCCGGACUCCCCUCGACAACGGCAACGGCGACAUCGUCCUCACAAAAGCCACAGGCGUCGCCAUCGCUCCCGCCGCUCCCGCUCAGACAACGCCCUCCACCUUGCCGAUGACGGCCAGGGUUACCCUGGCGACCCAGCCCAGAGGCAGUUCCGCGAUGACUUCCCUUCCUCCAGGGCAUCACGCGACCUCUUCGGAAGGAACUGCGGGUACAGACAGCAGUUCUUCCGGCCGUGCCCUCGCACGACCUCAGACUUGACCUUACAAGACCCCGGCGGUCCACGUUUUGGACCAUACUUGGGUAGAUAUGGUGAGGUAGAGGAGGAUGAAGAUCACUUGUGCUCCACCUGUUCCUCUUCCACAGAGGAAACCGAGGAUGAAGGGUACUUCUUAGGUGAGCCAAUCCCCCGCCCUGUGCAGCUGCGUUACCUGGACAACGAGGAGUUGCGACAUCGCUACAGCCCUACUGCUAUGGGUGGCCAUGCCCAGCUUCACACACGCAAACGGAGGAAGAGUAAGAACUGCAUCAUCUCGUAA